UCCACCAAAAACCAGAACCUCCCAAGCCAGCCCUUCCUUGCCAUCUCGCUGACCUUCGCCGGCGACGAUAUCCUCACCGGAAAAUGAAUAUUCCGGUGACCAUCUCAUCCCUACGAAUACCCACUGUAGAUAUGUCCGAUCAUCGCCGUCACGUUUUCCACGAAACACACUUGUUGUAGAGUCACAAGUUAUUCCUUUCUUCUUCGCUACGAGAAUUCCAGAAGAAGGUACCCAUUUCUCGCCCGUAAAGAAAUUUUGGUAGAUUAUUCUUUUUCUUCUUUUCCUAGUUUAGUUUGGGACCGGAUUGACCAGGUGAUCGGACAGAAUUUACCGUCUGCGGAGAAAUUUUGCUUUGUUUAGUGAGAGACUAUUGAAAAGAUGGAAGUAGAUGGAGAAUGUGCAUGAAUUUGUUGAGUGGUGGCGCUGAAUUAACGUGUUACUGUUUUUCUCGUUCAGAGUGUUAUCGGUUUUAGGUGCAGGUUGUUUAAAAUUUUUUGGUUACUGUGAGGGUUUGGAAGCGAAUCCAAGUUUAUUGAGCACUGAAAAUGGAGCAGAACUGACAGACCGAUUUCAGUGCACGGUAUAAUUAGGCGGUUUUGAGAGGAGCGUACCCUUCGGACCUCUUUAAGAAUUUCAUUUUUUUUGUCAAAUUUACCAUGCCUUUUCCGAUGAAGAUCCAACCGAUUGAUAUUGAUUCUCAAGAACUGAGGGAUCCAGCGGUUCGGGCCGAUGCCGCCAAACCGGUUCUGAAAUCGCGGCUCAAGAGACUCUUCGACCGGCAGUUUCCUAGCGUCCUCAAAAUCUCGUCGGCAGAGAAGCCGAGCGGUGGCGAGGCGGCACAGUACGGAAACAAAGAUGGAGGGGCAGAGUUCGAGCCGAGCUCGGUUUGCUUGGCGAAGAUGGUGCAGAGCUUCAUCGAGCAGGAGAGCAACGAGAAGCAGUCCUCGGCGGCGGCCAAGUGCGGCCGGAACCGCUGCAAUUGUUUUAACGGCAACAACAAUGACAGCUCCGACGACGAGUUCGACAUGUUCUCUGGUUUCGCCGGCGAUUCGGUCACCUCCGGGUCGUUCGGCGGCGAUGCCUUCGAUAUACUAAAGAGCUUAACUCCUUGCGGGAGUGUUGCGGAGAGAAACCUCUUGGCAGACGCGGCAAAGAUCGUCGAGAAGAACAACAAAAUCCACAAACGAAAGGACGAUCUGAGAGAAAUCGUCACCGAUUCUCUCUCAUCCCUCGGCUACGAUUGCUCAAUUUGCAAAUCCAAAUGGGAUAAAUCCCCCUUUUACCCAGCCGGGGAAUACGAGUACAUAGAUGUGAUUGUGGAGGGAGAUAGAUUGUUGAUCGACAUCGAUUUCCGAUCGGAGUUCGAGAUAGCUCGGUCGACCGGGACCUACAAGGCGAUCCUGCAAUCUCUGCCGUACAUUUUCGUGGGGAAACCUGAUCGUCUGGGGCAGAUCGUCUCGAUCUUGUCGGAGGCAGCGAAGCAGAGCCUGAAGAAGAAGGGGAUGCACUUUCCGCCCUGGAGGAAGGCGGAGUACAUGCGGGCCAAGUGGCUCUCUACCUACACCAGAACCACCCGAAGCGACACCGUUUCGGUGACCGUAAACGAGAACGAGAACGAGAAGGACGAGGAUAAAUCUUUGGUCACCGCGGACAGUGAUUGCGGUGAGCUGGAGCUGAUCUUCGGUGAGGAAACGGCGCCGUCUGUUGACAUUUUGCGGUGGUCGUCGUCGCCGUCGAAAAAUUCCGACGAGGAAGUGAAGGAGGUAAGGCCGACGUGGCAGCCACCGGCGGUCAAACCGAAGAGCGUUGAGAGAGGAGCAAGGGUUGUCACCGGCUUAGCUUCUCUUCUCAAAGAGAAACCUUAAGAAAAAUUUUGGAAAUUUUUUGUUUUUUUCCCCCCUUAAAAUUUUCAGGUAUAAAAGAUAUGAGUAUAUAUCAAAAUAUAUAUUCGUACUUCGGAUAAUAGUUUUUGAUUCGCAAGUGCCUUAAUGUAAAAAGCAGCAACUCUAUGAUCGCUGUGAUAAAAAUAGAACUAGAAAAAGCAAAAAGAAAAAAAGAAAAAGAAAAAAAAGUAGAUGUUCUUGUAAAUUAAAACACCUGAGACUGAUGAUCGUUGAGAGGUCUUUAAUUAAAUUUUCCUUUUCAUCGA